AUGGCAAGCGAGCUUUUGUCUCCCAGACAUACGCGCAAUCCAGGGGAUGAAGGAUACCGCACGCCUACGAUCGAAGAUACGCAGAACGACCUCCAAGCCUUUCCAUUUCCGUCGAGAGGGAACAGAGUGCGCGAUGCCCACACGUCGGCUCUCGAGGCGCGGCACCAAUCCUCGUAUCGAAAGUCUGAAGCGCACAACAACAAAGGAAGCCGCCGUCGGCGCGAACUGGACUUGUCUACUGCCAGGCUUGGUUGGAAGGAAAGGCUGCGUCACAUCACAUGGGCAUUUUUUACUUUGACGAUGGCCACGGGAGGGAUUGCAAACGUACUGUACUUCGGUAAGUCGGCGCCCUCACGGGGGAGGCUUUUUCCUUAUAGAUUUCGCGGUUUGGAGACGAUCGGCAUUAUCUUCUUCCUGCUCAACUUGGUCCUAUAUGUUAUCAUCUGGUGUCUUCUGCUUACAAGAUUUUAUUUAUACCCCUACACUUUCAAAGCAUCGUUUUUGCAUCCAACGGAGUCUUUGUUUGUUCCUGCAUCAUUGGUCUCAUUCGGAACAAUUCUGAUUAAUAUCUCACAAUAUGGACCCGAUCACACCGGUCCUUGGCUCACAACGGCGGUGGGAAUACUGUUCUGGAUUGACGCUGCCCUAGCGGUCAUUUCUUCAGCAGGCAUCUACCUUAUUCUGUGGUCAACCCAAACAUUCACCAUUGCUCAAAUGACGCCCAUCUGGAUCUUUCCCGCCUAUCCAAUGCUAAUCAUCGGCCCCCAUGCCGGAGUUCUCAGCUCUUCGCUGGAUCCAUCGCGCGCUCUACGCAUCAUCAUCGGAGGCACCACAAUCCAGGGGCUUGGCUUCCUGGUCUCAUUCAUGGUCUACUCUGCCUUCAUCUACCGAUUGAUGUCGCAGAAACUACCCCGAGAGAACGUCCGGCCGGGAAUGUUUGUGUCCGUAGGUCCCAGUGGAUUCACGGUGUCGGGCAUCGUCAACAUGGCCUCCCACGCGAAGCGGAGCUUCCCCAGCGACUUCAUGGGCAACGGGGCCCUAGCAGCGGAUGUCGUGAAAGUUGUCGCCAAUUUUUCCUGCUUAUGGCUCUGGGGACUAGCGAUUUUCUUCUUCUUCAUAGCCAGCUUCGCGCAUUGGUCAGCGAUCGGACCGGGGAAGAUGAUCUUCUCCAUGGCCUGGUUCUCGUUUAUCUUCCCGAACACGGCGUUGAUCACGGCGACGUUUGCGAUCGGGAAGGCGUUUUCCUGCAAGGCGAUCAACAUUAUCGGAUGCGUGAUGGUGCCUCCGCUGAUUUUGAUGUGGAUCUUUGUCUGUUGCAUGAUGGUUCGUGCGAUCGUGACGCACCAGAUUCUGUGGCCGCAGAAGGGUGAGGACAAGGACGAGGGCGGAUUUGAGAUCAGUCGGAUCAAGCCUGAGUCGGGGGAGAGUACACCUACUGAAGAGGUUUGA